GGUCAUUGCUUCUCUUACCCUCUCUCUCGUAACCCAAUCUUUCUCUCUCACACAAAACAUAACGCAAUCGAAACGAGAAGAAGAAGAAGAAGAAGAAGAACCAACAAAAAAAACCAAAAAAAAAAAGAGCCAACUUUUUCUUUCUUCUGGGUUCUCUUCUCUGGUUGUGACGAUCGAGGAUACUUCUUCACAGAUUCAUCAUAUAGUAAAUAAUCGAAUCGAAUCGAAACGUUAAGAAAUUGAGGGAGAGUGAUUUUUUUUUUUUUUUUUUUNGAUUCAAAAGAAAGGAGAAAAAAAAAAGGGUUUUGAGAUUUGGGGUAGUUUUUGAUUUUGGAUUUUUGGUGAGAUGGGUUUAGGUAAUAAAGGUAACAAAUUCAAUUUCGGCGAUAAUGAUCUCGCCGACGAAGGUAGUGGUGCCGAUGGCGACGAAGGUGAUGGUUUUGGUUCGGUUUCGUGUUCGAUUUGUCUCGAGGCUGUUGUUAAAAACGGCGAUCGAGCCUGGGCUAAUCUUCAAUGUGACCAUCAGUUCCAUCUAGACUGUAUUGGUUCAGCAUUCAAUGCAAAGGGCGUGAUGCAAUGCCCCAACUGUCGGAAAGUUGAAAAGGGCCAGUGGCUUUAUGCAAACGGUUGUCGUUCAUAUCCUGAAUUCAAUGUCGAGGAUUGGGUUCAUGAAGAAGAUAUUUAUGAUAUUGGAGCGUACUCUGAAUUGUCUUUUGGAGUUCACUGGUGCCCAUUUGGAAGCUCAGCACGUCUUCCUUCUUUCGAGGAUGGAGAAUUUACGCCGAGUUCAUAUCACGAUCUCUUGGGACAGCAAGGUUACUAUUCUGAACCAGCAGCGCCAACCGCAGGUCAUCCAUGUCCAUAUGUAACCUACUUUGGCCCGGUUCAUUCGUCUUCCUCAAGCAGCGGUGGUACUGCAGGCGUUUCAGACAGCUCAAGUUUCAGUAGUCACUGGAACACAGGCUCUUCGGUCUCUGGUGAAGUUCCAACUCCUUAUGGUUUCCCUGUGGAUCCGCACUAUCACGGCUGGGAAUAUCAUCCGCCUCCACCCCCACCGCCACAGCAUUUCGCUGCUUCUGGCAUUCCAACUCCGCCCACGCCUCCAUCAGCCUCUGCGAGGACUUCCCGAGCUAACGGCUCAGAUGUGAUCAGAACCAGACCGCCACAUUUCAUGCGUCCAUUUCAUGGUCACAGUUCAAGUGGUAGAGCGGGUAGUUCAGUGGCAUCAGUUCCGAGGACACCAGCAUUUCCAGGAAGCAACGCUCGUACCCGAGACAGAAUGCAAGCUCUUCAAGCCUAUUACCAACAGUCGUCUGCACAGUCGCACCAGCAGGAUUCGCCUAUAGUGUCUCGAGGGCCUGUGUUCCCAUCUGGCCGGAGGUCCACUAGAGGAAUAGCUUCCGGGAUGGGAUCAACUUCAUCUUCUUCGGAUCAGGCAGGGGGGAGCGGUUUUAUCCGGUUUAACAUAUGGGAGAGAGAUCCUUAUAUGCAAUCGCAACAAUCCUACCCGGUUAAUCAGAUGGAGAGAGAACAAAACAUUUGGACAACUUCAUUCAACGAAGGGUCUGGAAGCUUCCAUCAGAGGCACGGUGGUGGAGGAGGAUCAUCGUAAGAAUCGAGUCAGUACCCGUCACCGGCGGGCAAUUCUCAUGAUGAACGUUGGACAAAACCAAAAAGAGAAAAAGAAACAAAAAAAAACAUUGGCAAUUUGAUGAUAUUUAAAAAAACCUGAAAACUGCAUGCUCAAGUUAUGUGAUGAACUGAUAAUAUAAAAACACAAAGUGGUAUGUAAUGGUUUUGGAGAGAGACAGCUUCCCCCCCUGUUUGGUGGGUGACCGUGCGGGUUGUUCGAGCCAGUUUUGGUCUGGUUUGGAUCGCGGGGGAGCAUGAGAGGUCGUUGUUGGGUAAUUUGUUUUUUAAAUGUGGCUACUAUGGGUAUCGAAGUGAAAUACCCUAAUUAAACUUUUUUCCUCUGGGAUAAUGUUAAUUUUUAAGUGUUGAGUUUCUUCUU